AUGCGUGAAAGGGAUAGAGAGAAGCAUAGGCAUCGUAGCAGAAGUAGGUCGCGUUCUCCGAGUCGAAAGAGAAGAAGUCGGUCACGUUCCCGCUCUCCUCGACGUAAACAUGAUCGACCGUCUUCCCCUGUUGCCUCCAAAUCAAAGUCAUCUAAAGAGAAGAAAAGUAUUCCUGAUAAUAACGACAAGGAAUUGAAAAGGUAAGAGAUGUGCAAUUAUUAUGGUUUAGGCAAGUAAAUUUUCUGUUUACGAAUGGUGUAUAAUUAUUUAUUAUUUACUUCGAAUGCGCUCUUGUACGUGGCAGACAUGUUUGUCCGAUCCAAGAUGAGCUUUACAAGUAAAUUAAGCUUAUAUUAGACUUAGGUAGCGAAAGGAAAUUGUGUUUGCGUCAAGCUUAUAGGUAAAACCUCAGAAAUAGAAUAGCUCGUUUGGAUGGGGUAAUGCACCAGAUUAUACGGAAGAGUGUCAGAGAGCACUGUAGUCUUGAUUUCAAACCUAGACUCGUUCUUACUGCAUUUGCUUAACAGGCAGAUACAGCACUGCUGGUUUACAGCUGAUUUCAUGGCAGGCAUGUUGCCUGAAAAGAACAAGAAAUGAGAUAUGAGUUGAGACCUGACUUUUGUUGACUUGUCAAUUUAAUACCAUUUGGAGUGCAUAUUUUGUUAUAUAUAGACACUGCCCACCUAGACUAGCCUUUGCUAUUUGUGGGCAGCGAGAAAAUGUAAUUGUAAAUCUGAAUAAACCAAUAAAUGAAUGAAAACCUGCGGUCUCUAUUAGGAACUGCUGAAUACCCCGCCACUCUGUACCACCAUUGUUUUCGUUGGUCGGCGUUCUUUGAAGAACGAAGCAUAACACAAUAGAUGCUAUUCUUAUUCAAUGACAUGCAAAUAAGUGGCAGGGUAUUCUGCAGUUAAGCCCUCUAUUAUGUUGACAUUUUGUGGCUUAGUGGUGGAUAAAAGGAAUGAAAAAUGCAUGCUAGCCUUACAUAAAUGUAGUAUUCAGGUCCGUAAAUUUGUGGCUUUUGGCUUGGUCCAGGUGAGAAUUUUCAAGAAAAUGUCCUCUCUGAUUAGUUGGUUCUGAGAUUCUCAUUUCAUUCCUGAUGCCUCGGGGAAUAACCAAGCAUGAUAUGGUGUAAUCUUCACUUUCUGGGUUGGCAUACAUUGUUACAGACCAUCGAAUUCCAGCUUUGCUCAAGUCUUUCACAGAGCGAUGUACUUUUGCAAUUUUAUUAUGCACUCAUUUUACAUAUGUGUGUCAGUGCUGUAAUUCAAUUUGAUAUGAGCACACAGCUGAUAAUGAUGUUCAUUUGCCUUGCAGGAAAGAGAAAGAGCUGCUAAAAGCAAUAGAAACCCCUGAAGAAAAACGUGCCAGAAGACUCGCGAAAAAGGUAUUAAAAUUAACUUAGCCACAGAGAAUAUAUAUCUACAAAAUGCCAAGUUAGGAAAACCAGACUCCUGUUAAUUUUCCUGAUUUAUGUGCUAAAAGACCAGACAAUAUUCUUUAUUUAAUUUUUUGAUGAAGGAACGUUCUUGUGUUUUUUCUUUCAUGCUUAGAUAUCAUUUAGAGGUUGUGUAAAAGAAAUCAUGACAUCACAUGUAUUUUAAAAGAAUAUAGGGAACUUAGAGCCUGGUGUCAUGGUCUGGGUGGAUAACGUUAGGUCAUACAUCGACUGGAGCAGAGACAAGUGUGCUUUCAAAGGGAUGUUGAUAAUAACAGGGAGCCAGGAAAAGUACCCAGCUGUCAAUGUGAUUUUUCCGGCUGAAAAACAUUGCAGUCUUUAAGAAAGUAACCGUUUUCUUCUCAUAUGACUGGCACAUCAAAUGCUAUUUCCCAUCUGUUAUAAAUUUAAGCUAUAUCCCUGCUUUUAUGUACUGAUGUCAAUCACAGCUCUCUGUUUACUCCACAAUUCAACUUCUGGCUUCCAAGGGAGAAACAUUCACCUGUCUUCCUGUGUCUUGUUUAGACCACUUUGUACCCCCAUUUCAAGUUUGGAUUUAUCUUCAGGCUCUGGUUGUUCAAACCUUGGAUAGCGCUAUCCACUGGAUAAAUCGCUAUCCAGUAGAUAAGUAUUAGGAAAUCAAUUGCAUUCAGGAUUGUCAGAAAGUUUUGAAGUACACUGUAGACGGCUGAGUUGUCAAAGUAAGCGGCCAGUCCAGGGUAUAUUUUAUUUAUAAGAAGCUAUCUGUAAAGAAAUGCUAAGUAGAGUAACUGGCCAAUACUAACCAAGUAAGCGGCGAUUUCUGCCGGCAGCAGGCUACUUUUAACAACCCUGUACGUUAUCCACUGGAUAGAGAAAAAUUCAGUGGAUAGCGUUAUCCACUUUUCGAACAACUGGGCCCUGGUGUUUACAGGUAUGGUGUUCUACAUGAGUGUUCAUGAAUAAUACUUACACAUUAGGGUGCAUUAAGAUUUGCCAUGGGUUGUUUGGGGGUUUGUUUGGAUGUUCCAGUUUUGUGGGCGUUUCAAUGACGCGCUAGCUGAUUAAUCUCUUUUAUUUUGACUAGCCCUGUGGCUCGUCAAAGUACAGCAUGACUAGUAAUGAUGUCCCACAAUGUUAGGUAGUAAACUGUCCUAAAACAACAAUUUUAUUUUACCUUUCCUUUUCAUCUCAGGAAGCAAAGGAGAGAAAGAAAAGGAAAGAGAUGGGAUGGGAUGAUGAAUAUCUGGUAAGUUGCAAUGUGGAUAGUAAUAAUAUUACCUGUAACGUUUAGAAUAUUAAAUGCCGCUAAAUGUAAUUUAGGCAAAGUUAACCUCAAAGCAAUCCUGGUCAGCAGUCUUUCCAGCUAUACUGGGGGUGGCCCAAUGCCUCUAGAAGUGGCACCUCGUGACUUAUAAAUAUACGCAGUUGCUUGCUUGCAAUUCUUCGCAGAGUGUUGUUGCAAUAGCUUGCUGUUUGCGUGCCUUUUUGUGCUUUGGUUUUUCCCAUCCCUUGCUCCCUCUUGAGGUAAGGGCUAGGUAAGUAUUGGUCGGUAAGUAUUCCACUGAAUUGUUCAGUGUGAUGGUGCUUUGUGGGGGCCGCUCACAGGGUUGCCAUGGAUACCUUCCCCCUCAUGCUAGAGCAUUGCCCGGCUCCACCGACUUUGUAGGCACCAACGCAGUACAUUGUGCAUGUUACAGGUCAAAAUAAAAUUCAGGUUAAAAAUUUUUAACCUCGAUGUACAUAUAGGUUGUACAUGUACACCUACUGUAUAUAAUUAUGUUGAUUAUUUCCUUCUUCUUGCAGGGAUACACUAACACAGAUAAUCCAUUUGGUGAUGCCCAUUUGCUGGAAAAUUUUGUUUGGCAAAAGGUAACUCCCUUACACGCAUUCGCAGAUUGUCAUUUUGAUACUGUCAGAGCUCUCUUACACUUUAGCUAGCUAGUAGACAUUUGUAGUAGAUACUGUUAACAUACAUGUACAUGCAGUAGUGGCCUCACUCUUACACUUCUACAACCAGAAUCAGUUGUGCAGGACUCAAAAGGUUGGGUUGAUUCUCAAUUUUCUUUGUCUUCUAGGGCUAGGAGACAAAAGAAUUUGAGAAUCAACCUACAGUGUAGGUUAAAUCAAAAUUAACCUGAAAUCAUUUUGAGCAGUAACAUGUACUUAUUAGUGUUUAUGAUCACUUACAGAAAAGAGAAAAAGAUGGUGAACAACACUUAAAAGAAGAGGAAAUACGGAGAAGACAAAAGCAAAGACAACAAGAAGCAAAAGUAACCACAGUAGAUUUAAUAAAGCUGUUUUUUAUUGCAGUGUAAUAAUAAUCAUUCAGUGUUCUUUCUUCUCUUGUUUAUUUGUAUCAAUUUCAUGUUUUACCAAAUGAAACCAAUUUUUAUAGUGCUACCAAUUUCCAAGAGAUCCUAAAAUCUACCCAAACCUGUGUGUGCUGCCAGGAACUAAUUUAUUUUCUUAUCAAUUGGGUCCCAAUUUAUUACUCUUGCCUUGUUUGACUUAAAUUUCUCUUGGGCUGUCAGCGGUUUUAAGGACCAAUGGCCUUCAAAACACAUUGGCUACUUUGCUAAUGGAAGUCAGCUACUUUUUUCCAGAAAGAAGGUUGAAUAACAUUGUAAGCAAAAAAUAUAUCAUAAAAUCUGAAUGAAAAUGUAAUUAUGAUGUGCUUUCACAAAGGCCCACUGGUUUUCCGUUAAGCUUUACUUAUGCAAAUGCUAUACAUUUCAGUCAAUUUUUCACUGUUGUGCGCAGAAUGUCUUUGAGUGCAAAAGUAUGUAAUUUAGUUGUCAUCAUUUGUUCAUUGUUUGUAGGAAUUGAUUGCAUUACUGAUAAAUCAAAAGUUGAAUGAAAGCUACAUUUUCUUGAAUGAAAAACAUGCUCUUUUGUCCUAAGUUUUGUCCCAGAAUGCUGAAAAUCGCAUUUGAGGGCUUUGAAUUUGUAAAAAUUUUCUGGGGAAGCAUACCCCCAGACCCCCUCCCCCCAAGAAAGAGGGGACUAACAGCCCCUUGUUGAUACAGUCAGUUACCCUAUUCAAAACUGCUUGUUACUUCAAUUUUCAUUGAAACUCGUAUGCUGUGCCCAAAUUUCAGUAUUUAAAGACUUUAAACUAAGUCAUUUUUCUGUGUAUUAUGCUUUGGGCCUUUUAUUGUACGGGCGUAAAGGUUCAGGUUUCUGGCAUGAAAUCGCUACCUAAUUUAGUGUUUAUUUCUUCUGGACAGAGAGAACUAGAGAAAGUUAAAAGAAGAAGAGUGGUAAGUAUCUAUAGCUUUCUAAAGUGAAACAUUACCAUUCUGAUCAGCUUUUUUGGAGUUACACUACAUGAUAAAGGGUGGUUGCAAAAGUUACAUGUAAAUUUGAAUAGAAGAAUAAUUAUUGAGAAGUAACUUAAACUUCAUGUAAUGAGUACUGGACGAAGAGAAAUAAUAGUUACUGGUCUUUAUUAUUAAUGUGAUAUCCAACUUCUGGAGAGCUAAAGGUUAUAAUCUCUAUGUCUUUUUUUGGUUUUAGGAAAGGGAACAUGAGAAGCAAAUGAGAGAACAAGAGAGGGUAAAUAAAUGAAGUUUAUGAAAAAUAGUAGAGACCUUAAGAUACCCCGAAAUCGGUGUAUGGGUAACGGGUAGCGCCAUGUUUUUUUCAAUUUGUGGUGACGUCAUCGACCUUACCCGGUAGAACCAGCCGUUUUUCCAGGGUAGACACCAGUUUACCCGUACAAGAUUUACGAGUAGCUGCAAGUCCUACAUGAUGCAGGGUCCGAAAUUGCGCCUUCCUGGUCGCCAAUGCGACUAAAAAUUCAGUCCUGGCGACCAGAAUUUCAUAGCUGGUCGCCAGCUAGCGACUUGUAAAGUUAGUUGUUAUUGUGGACUUUAAGGUUCGGAGAAACUUCGAAGCUAUUUGCCAACAGGUGUCUUACUUUUGUCUUGCUGAUAUUUUUCAAGUGAAACGAAUCUUCCUGUAAUCAUACCUCCACAACAGCUACGAUCAAUACGAGUUGAACGUUUCCAAGCCGUCAUGUUGUUUUCCAUAGCUGAAAUACGUGGCACAGUUGUGGCCUGGUACGAGCAACAUGGUGGCUUGACUCGUCUUUACGUUUUGUGUUUCGUGGUAGUUAUGGGAAGAAAAUAGAGUUUUGAUAUGAUCAGUGCAGUCAUGGGCAGACAGCUUUCUGUUCCUACGUUCUAGGUCAGAUAGCUUUAUAUCUCCAAAAAGUAAUUUGUGGAAAACAUAAGACUUCACUCGUACACGUACGGUUGUUUUCUAGUAUCGGGAGCGGAAGAAGUGCAAUUUUUGAGCAUAAAAACGUCCAUACCAUGCAUUUUUUAUUCGUGUUGUAACUUUUAUGUGAAAAAAAAGGGAGGGGAAAUUUUUGGCGACCACAAUUUGCCCUCUGGCGACCAAAAAUUUAUACUUGAUCGCCAGUUGGCGCCCACAUUAAAAAGUUAAUUUCGGACCCUGUGAUGGAGAAACAAGUAAGUUUUAAAGACUUUUUAAGUACAAAUGUAAAUUGUAUGACUCCUUGGCAAUUUUAUUGCAAGUCUGUUCAAAUAUUUUUGCCAAAUUUGAAUUUUAGCUGUAAAGAAAGCCCUUCAAAAUGUAUUGAUUUUGGACCUCAAAUGCGCAGGUUGAACUCUGAAACGAUAUCAAUUUGUGGCGGUAUUUAGGGGGAUUUCUGAGAAUUGCUCGAACGUUUGAGUUUCGCAAAAGAAAUAGCAUUGAAAAAUUAAGCAUGGGAGUCACUGUUGAAGUUGACAAUCAAAGGAAUUGUUUGGUGAUGUGCCUCGAUCAAAUGGGGGGGUUUGUGAUAACAAGCUUUCGGUCGAGGGACUUCCCGCCAAGUUUCUUAAAAUCUUUCUAUGAUAUUUCAAUAAGCUUAUUUAUGAAUGAAUUAUUUGUUACAGCUUGUUGUUAAGAUAUGAAGUGUAGAAUGUGAGGGAGAUUUUGUAUGCAUUAAGCGACAUGCAUGUACAAGUUAAUUUUGCGUGCUUGUUCUUUUAAUUCUUCGGGUAUCUUAAUCGAAAUAGUCACGCACAUGAACAUUUUACGUGUACGGGUACACUACCCGUACCCGUACACCGAUAUCGGGGUAUCUUAAGGUCUCUAGUAAUAAGAUUACUUCAAGCUUAUCUUUACCCUCACUAGUAAUAUCACCUCAUCGUUUUUUUUUUCACUGUUUUUGUACGGUGGUUUACAUUGUAUAUGUAAUUAUGUGUACCAUUGUGAACACACAAAAAGGGCAAUCCAUUUUUUGAGCUGCAGUAAAGUUAUUUGGUGUAAAUACACUUUAUCCAUCCAUCUGUUGAGUGAAAUUUUGGUGGAAAUUAAAACCAUCUUUUUUUCUGAGAUAUACUGUUAUUUUUGUGAGAUAGGUGAUUGCUUUCAACUGUUAUUUAUUAAUUUUGCUCAAACACUUGCUCCUUCUAAAUUCCUGUUAGGAAACCAUGCAAAGAGAAAAAGAAGCUAACUCAUUCAAAGAAUGGGAAGAACAAGAAGAUAAGGUACAAUUUCAUUUAAUAUAAUAAAUUUUUACUAAAUUUAAAGAGAACCUUCGAUAUGUUAAUAAUACAAAGUCUAUAAUUAUUAUUAUUAUUAUUUUUAAAAACUAAAUAAUUUUGCUGGAAAUAAAUCUGCCAAUGCAAUGUAAUGAAAGAUAUUAUUCGUCAUGGCAUGUGUAUGUUACAGGUCAAAAUUAAAUUCAGGUUAAAAUUUUUUAACCUACAUGUGGGUUGAUUUUCUCUUUUUUCUUGUCUUCUCGCCCUAAUUAUUCAUGAAUCAGGGCUAGGAGACAAGGGAAAUUGAGAAUCAACCUAGGUUAAAAAAUUUAACCUGAAUUUAAUUUUCGCCUUAACAUGUAUAAUUUUAUAGGGUCCUUUUAUCAUUUGUCUCAUCCUCCUCACUAAGUCACUUAGUUAUUACAUGUAUUAUGUUUCGAGCAUAUACAGUGUACUGCAGGUCUUCAUCAGGCUGUGGUUCCAGUUAUCUCCAACAAGUGGAAAAAAUGUACAAUAUUAUGCUAUGCAAUAUUGGAUAUGAAUGCCACUGACUGAUAAAGAACAAUUAUUGAAUGAGGCUGAGUAUCAUCUGAAGAAUGAUGGAGAUCAAGGAGGGUGUCAUCCGCCUCGGCCUACGGCCUCGUCUGAUGACAACCUCCUCCAUCUCCAUACAGUGUAAUUCUUCAGAUGAUACAAUAGCCAAAUUCAAUAAUAAUAAUUGUUUUAUUUUUCAUUCAAAAUAAUUCCUUGUUUAAAAACAAGCUAAAUCAUGCUGACCUCCAUCGAUGGUAAGUUCAUCCUCGAUAUUGUAUGUUCAUCGGCAAAUUUGGGAGAUAAAGGGUUGUUCAGCUCCGCAAAUAUUCUCCAAAUAGCAGAUGCUGUCUUUUGAGUUGUCUCUUUGCUGUUCUUGCUAUGUUUUAGCAAAUAGUUUGCUUAUUUAUCCCUCGUGAAAUGAGUGAUGUUAAGUUCAUCUUGAUAGUGCAUGUUAAUUGGCAAAUUUACGAGAUAAAGGGUUGUUCAGCUCCGCAAAUAUUCUUGAAAUAGCAGGUGUUGUCCAUCAAGUUGUCUUCUUGCUGUUCUUGCUAUGUUUUAGCAAAUAGUUUGCCUAUUUAUUCUUGUGAAAUAAGUGAAAUGUUCCGCCAUUUUCUUACUCACUACCAAAACAAUUCAAGGUCUUGUUGGUUAACGGUACAAUAAUCUGGCAAUUUGCAGCUCUUUUGACAUCAUUUAUCACAUAUUGCAAACUUCUUCCAAAUUUGGUUAAUAAUGGCUGGUUAUGAUGAAUUAUGCAUAGGAUAUCAGAAUUUUGCCACCUCUCCUGGAAGUACUGUAUUAAUUUAUUUAAAUUCCUUUGGUUUUAGUGAAGUUAUUUCCUUUUCUUUAGUUUCACUUAGAGCAAGCAAAGCUGCGCUCAAAAAUUCGCAUCCAGGAUGGCAGAGGUAGGUGGUGUUGGCUUGUUUUAAAUUAACAACAGCAUUUUCCCUUCAUUAACCAACUUACACACUAUUCUGGUGAAGUUCCAGUGGAUAGGUUUUAUGAUAGCUUUGCAUUUUUCUCACCCUGGGCUUGUCAACUUGUGAUAUGGUGGCAAAGGGGAAGAGAGGAAUUGCAGUUCGCCACUUUAGAAACAUGAAGGGAAUUGGAGCUGAAAUGUGUCCUGCAGUGUUUCUACUGAUCACUACUGGGGACGCGCUGGUCAGCUAUUGGCCAAUUUUUUCCUGUCCCUAGUAACAGUCCCUGAAGUCUUUGCAAAAGUUAACUCAACCCAGUUUUCUUCUCAUACUAUUUUCUUCACAGUGACGACUUUAGUGGAACACAUUGUUGCAACGUUGUUUCGAAUGAUUAAAACAUGGUUCCAACAUUGCAACACUGUGUUACAUUAAAGAUCGUCAUAGAAAAUCGUCCCGUGUAACAUCACCUACCGUGGUGAAUGCUGGCAGAGGUUUUGCCCCUGGAAGAUCCAACCAUAAUGGCUUGGUCAAGGGUAAAUGGCUUGACUCAGGACAGCCCCUGGUCCUCCCGGUUGGGGGUUUGGUUUGGUCCAAUCACCCCUCACUGUAUAACUACUAUGCAUUCUGGAAACAUUCCCUACCCUGUUUCCUACUUUGGGAAAUGGAACCAUUAUGAUGACGUGAUCUUAAAUAAUAUUUGUUACUUUCAUUUUUAGCCAAACCCAUUGAUCUUCUUGCUCAGUAUGUAAGUUCAGAUGACAAUGAUCUGGAAAUUCAAAUGCAUGAGCCUUACAGAAUUUUAGUGGUGAGUGAAGAAAUUAAAUAAUGUUUUGUUUUAGUUGCAUACGAGUACAAAAAACCAGAUAACCUAUAUAAAUGGCUUCUUAUGUGCAUAUUGUUAUUUUCUAUACAAUAGGGUUUAACAAUAGAAGAUCUGGAAGACUUACUUGUUGACAUUAAAGUCUACAUGGAGUUAGAAGAAGGAAAGAAUGCAGAAUUUUGGAAGGUAGAUAUGUAUGUGGCAAUAGGUAAAAUUCAUUCUUAGGUUAAUUAGGUUUUGAUUCUGAAUUUCCUGCUCCCCUGGGGAAUUUUUUGGAUUUUAACUUGCUUAAGUCCCCUUUCCUGGAUUUCUGAGUCGUUCAGACAGGAUAUUGGCCAGUUCCAACAUAUGGCGGAUUAUUAUUGUCCAAACCAGUAGUAUUUAGUGAAAGUUUGCUCCGCUUCCUCUAGAGCUCUUGCAAAACACUCUCCAAAUUUAUUCGCUCCUAUUUAUUACUAAACCAUUUACCAGGUUUCAACUUGGAAAGUCUUUUUAUCAAAAAUAUAUUUAUUUAUGAAAAAUCUGACCGAUUUCCGUUAAACGGUGGAAUACGCCUGAAUACGCUCUAAGUUAUAACAAUAAUAAUUUUUAUAACAGUGUACGUGAUAUAUUUUGGCAGGAUAUGACAACUGUUUGUAGUGAUGAACUUCAAAAGCUGAAGAAGGAAGACCCCAGAUACAGUGGUGAGCUGUAAAAAUUAUUUGUUUAAAAUAAUAACAUAUUGUUAGUGACAAAAGUAAAGGACUGAAGAUUGUCUUUUGUGCAAGUUUUUUUAAAAGUCAACAUCCUGCCGUGUAAAGAAAAAUCGCUACAUUGUAAUUUUAACAAUAACUUUCACAGCUGUAACAAUAUUAUAAAUUAACAAGAACAAAAAUUAACUCGUAAUAAACUAAUGGAAAGUUUUGAAAUAAUAAUUGUUAAUUCAGUUUUUUUGCUCAUUUGUAUGUAGAAAUUUCCUUUUGCAUUCGAAAUUACAUUGUUAAUGUCUUUACAAGGUUUACUACUUGCUUUGCAGACCAAAUGGACCGUAGAGAGAGUAUAAAUGCAUCUGUGUAUCAGGAUAUAGCAGGCAUUUUAAAUGCUAAAACGCAUAGUCAGCUUAUUGCAAUGCAGAAACAGAUCAAUCAGAAGAUCAAGAGUGGAGAUGCAGUAGAUAUAGGUAACUAUUGAUUACGCAAAUUGUCCUCAUUAUAUACAGUAUACAUUAUAGUGGUAACUGUAUGUUGUACACUGUAGUGUAAUUUUUAGUUGUGCCAACCCAUUGGAAGUGGUUCGUACUAAUUUUUUUAAAAAUAGUUUUUUCAACAAUUUAAAAAUGUUAUUUAUUUUUGCUGCGGAGCGACCGCAGGGAGCGAGCAGCAACAUAAUCAGGAUUUAAGAGAAAUAUAUAAGGGGCAACGAAUUCUCGAAUUCAUCACUUUUUACCACAAUGCAUUGCAUUUAACCAGAGUGCAUUGCGCCACGAACAACUCAAAUAAAAACACGGGGAAGUUCGCAUCAUUCGCUGGCUAGACUCGGAGUUUUCUUUGUAGCAAAUUUUCUACAGCACGGUUAGAGGUCUUACCAAAUUUAAGACACACAGGAGUCUUUCAGAUGAGUAGGAUGAUUAACUUGGGGAUUGGAUUUCAAUUCAAGAGUCUUUGACUCGUCCAGGUGUUAAACCUGACGAGAAGAUGAGCAUUUGCUCUUCGACUCCGCAACACGGGGCAGAUAGAAAUUCCAGCUUGCUAGAAGGUGAUGGGAAAAUGUCAUGCCAUGUUAUUCUUAAGAACCUGUAUGAGCCGCAAAUGGAUGUGAUUUUGACCAUUCGCUUCAAAAUAACAGCCGAAAUCGAGAUAACAAAACAUAUGUCUUAUGUCCUACGUUGCAGACGAGGACGUGUAUCGGCGUUUUGAAAAGCAUUUAUUAUGUUCUUUCAUUCAUUCAUUACCAUGGAAUAUGCGUUUACAUUGUGUUUUUACUGUUAAUAGCUCGAUUAAUGCGGCUGGUGAUCAUCUUGCCGGCGGAAGUUUCAUGUAAAAGGCCUUAAAUUAAAGACUUUUCUCAAGGUUACGUAAUCAGUCUCUGUGGUGUAGUGGUUAGGUGUAUUCGCGGCGAACCGAUGGUGCUGGGUUCCAGUCCUACCGACCUCUUUUUUUCCUUCUUUCUUUUUUUUUUCCGUUUUUUGUGUUGUUGUUUUCUAUAAAUAUAUAGCUAAAUAACUGUUACUUAAUAAAGUGCAAUAAACAGCAAGAAAAGUAUCGUGUCUCUAGAGAAAAGAUAGUACACUGUAUAUUAAAGAUAUGUAUAAACAAUCUGAAUUUGUAUCAUUUUUUACAAUUUCCUUUGGGAAAACCAGAGUUGAUAACCACUUGAUCAUUUUCUAAACAACGUUCCCACGAGUUCUUUCUAUAGACUGAUAGUAAUUAAUCUAGGUAAAUAGGACAUUCAAUGUCAUUUUCGAUGCUUUUAAGUCCAACUGCCUAACUAAUGCCAGUAUCAACAGAAUGUGCCGCAGCAUUACUAUCUUUUAGAUACCCUAGUCUUGUAGGUAUAAAAAUGUUAGAGAUAUUGGCAUAUAGUUACAUGUAGAAACGCAUUUUUAUGAAAAGUGUAAAUAACUUCGAAAUCCUACACCAGAUUUUUCCCCAACUUCAGCAAAUAGGCCUCACAUCCCUCUAGUUUUAUAUCUGCAAGUUUGAAGCCAAUUGUGACCAUACAAUUUGCUAAAAGUUUAUUUUGUAUAAUAUUUUAUUAAUCUUUCUUUUUUAGGUUACUGGGAAACACUGUUGCACCAAAUAAAAGCAUUUAUGGCGAAAGCCAGGUUGAGGGAAUUUCACCAAGUUAUGCUCAGAAAAAAGUUAGAUGAACUUAAGAAGCAGGUAUUAAAGUAAUGAUAUUUCAUCAUUGCCUUUGCGUUAUAAGGUAUUUUCCUUCUAAUAUUAAACAACGCCUUCUACCAAGAGGCCAUUAAUGCCUUGCUGCUAUUGAAGGAGUGGUUUCUUGACUGACUUGUUGCUAGAUUUCCUGUGUUCUAACUAGCACAUCCCCAUGCUUGUAUCUAUAUGAUUGCGAUAAAGAGUCUUGGACUGAUCAUGAGUUCUUUUCUGGGAAACAUAAUCUCAAAACUGAUGAACAAAUAUAUUAACAGUAUUGCUGACAAAGGGUGGUGGAUAUGUUACCGGUCAAAUUUGAUUUCAGGUUAGUUCUGACUUAAACUAGGUUGAUUCUCCUAGCCCUUGAAGGCAGAGGAAAUUGAGAGUCAACCUAGGUUAAAUCACAAGUAACCUUAAAUCAAAUUUGACCUGUAACAGAUACAUGCCACUGAUCCAAUG